CACACACACACACAUACACACGCACACACUCUCACCCUCACACACACUGUCAGUAGAUUCGGGACGCAGUGAGGAUCAGCUGAUGUCGGAGCUGCUGGAUGUUUCUGACAAACAUCAGGUGCUGAAGACGAUCAGAUACAGACAUGAUCCCCUAUUCCCCCUGAGGAACGGACCAAUCAGCAGUCAGGAUGAUGCCCAAGCAGCUGGCUCAGACAUCCCCAGGGAGUGUGUUGUCGCUGAGAGGCGCCGGCAUCCCAGGAUCCCCUGCUGCCGCCAUCGUGGCCCGAGUGGAGGAUGGGGUUAUCGGCUACAAGGACUUGGCGGCGUUGCCGAGAGACAAAGCCAUUCUGGACAUCGAGCGACCAGACCUGAUGAUCUACCAGACGCACUACAGCUACAGUCCACUAGAGAGGUCUUUGUCCCCCCGCUCCAUCUCUCCUCCCUCCCCAGAGAACCUGCCCAGGGAUUGGCUGGAGAACCGUUCCCCCGGAGGUUCCUCUCCCGGUUCCACCGUCCCGACCAGCAGAACAGACAGCGCACACACACCACCCACACCACACACACUGAACACACACUCCUCUGGAACCAGGAGCUCCAUGCUGCACUUCCACAGGCCUGAAAAUGGUUCCAACAUCUACAAGAAGCCUCCGAUCUACAAACAAGACGUGUCGUCCUCUCUCGUCCCUCAGGGGAAACACAUUGAGGAUCUGAUCAUCGAGUCGUCAAAGUUUCCAGCAGCUCAACCUCCAGACCCGAACCUGCCGUCCAAGAUCGAGACCGACUACUGGCCCUGCCCCCCCUCCAUGGCUGCGAUAGAGAAGGAGUGGAGGAGGAAGGAGCAGAGGGAUGACGAUGAAGAGGAGGAUGAGGAGCUGGGGGGACUCAGAAUUCUUCAGAAACAAGAACUCAACAAGAUUCAGUCUAAUCUUGGUAAAAUCAUCCUAAAGGAGGAGCUGGAAAAGUCUUCAACUCCUCUGAGGAGGAAAACUCGCUCCCUGCCGGACCGCAGCCCAAACACUGGGUCAAACGCCUCCAGGUCGGCUUGUUCCCCAGACGCCUCUAAGGCCGGCCCCUCCAGGCUUCAGUCCACAGAGUUCAGCUCCUCCCACAAAUCUCCUGCAGGUCUCCAGAACGGAGACUCGAGGAUGGACAGAGGGAACUCUCUUCCCAGCAUGUUGGAGCAUCAGGUCUACCCGUACGAGACGCUGGUGGUGACUCAGCGAGGACGAAGCAAACUGCCUCCUGGUGUGGACAGAACCAGCCUGGAGCGCCACCUCUCUCAGGAGGAGUUCUUCAGUGUCUUCGGGAUGUCCAUCGAGGACUUCGACUGCUUGUCUCUCUGGAAGAGGAACGACAUGAAGAAGAAGUUCUGUCUCUUCUGACUGGGGCCAGGACUCCACCUCCCACAAUCCCCUGCACCUCCUGGGAUCACCGAUAGGAAACCACGCACUCUGAACAGAGCGUCACUGUCAGCAUCACUGAGGCCAUCGUCUUCAUCCUCAUCAUCAUCUUCUUCUUCUUCAUCUUCUUCUUCUUCAGAGCAGCGGCGUGUUGACGUCUCUGGUGAGACUCAGAUCAGGUUUGAAUCUUCAGUCUCUGGAUGUUUGAUUCAAACGAUGAAACGACACAGCGAGAAGAAGAGUGGUGGGCGGGACCUCAGAGAGCCAGGGACCAAUUAAAUGAGCCUAAAAGUGAUGACGCCUUUUUUUAAGGUCCUGAUAAAAACUCCACAGGAAAGUUGCUGAGCAGCAGCGCCCCCUGCAGCCCCACGCUAGGAUCAGAUCUGUCGGGCUCCGUGUUCGAGCCAUGAAGUGACUGCGUCGUCCCCCUGGAUAUUACCCAUGAUCCUCUGCUUCCUGAACUAGAAGAGCUGCUGCUGUAACAAAUCCACGAACUCUGUUCAGAAUUCUUCAUGAUUCAAAGUUUCCUGAUGAAUCUUGAGAUAAACUCUGUUUUUAAUAACUUCUU